GGGGCGGGGCUGCCACCCAGGCCCCGCCCCGGGGAGCCCGGACCGGCUGAGGCUCCGCCCCCCGGCCGGCCCGGGCGCCCCGCCCCUCCGCAGCUCCUGGAGCUUGAGACCGACGCGGUCCCGGGGCCGAGACCACGCCCGCGUGGUGGGGACUGGAGCCCGCUUCCUCGGCUCCACCAAGUGGACUUCUUGCGAGGCGUGGCGGCUGGACCAGGACCACAGCGCGAAUCGCCGGCUGCGGCGGAAACAAGUGCUCCACGGUGUGGGGCACAGAGAUGCUCCCACUUGCCGUACAUCCCACAGCCUGGCACCUUCGCUUCCAGACGCUCCCCAAGCUCUCACUCGUUCUCUCAUUUCACUUUACCACGGAUCAGCCCUGGGGAUGAUCUAAUGGCAGGGAACAAUAGACAGUUGUUCCCAUUCGUUGCCGCUCAUUCUGUGCUAAGCACUUUAGACAGAUUAUUUAAUUUAACCCUUGCAACAACCCUCUGAGGUAGAUAAUACUAUUCCCACUCAAGACUGCCUACAUAAUUGGUGGGGCCUAGUGCGAAAUGAAGAGGCAGGGCCCUUCUUCCAAAUUAAGAAUUUCAAAAUGAGGCAGCAGAGCAUUAAACCAAGUGCAUAGCCCUUGGUCCUGCUGUCAUGUUAUAGGUGAGGAAGCAGGCUCAGAGAGGUUAAGUGGCAUGCUCAAAGUCACAAAGCUAGCACGGAUUGGGACUGGGAUUCAGAAAAUCUGACUCCACAGCCUUGUGCUCCCAGGCUGGGCCCCCGGUUUCAUUGACAAAUAUUGACCUGCAGCGACCAAAGUGUUCCACUCACCGGGGAGGAAUCCAAGAAUUGCUAAGCCCACAACCUCCAGGAACUCAGAACUCAGUGGGGAGACAAAACCGGUACUGGAACCCUUGUGCUCCUUGUUUUACUGAGUCACUUUAAAUCUGGCUCUACCCUUUCCCCGCCCCCUUCCUUGGUUGCCAGGGCAAGAAAUUCUAUCUCAGGCCUGCUGAGAGAGCCUGACCCCUUCUGGGGGCUUAUGUAGGGUCUGAGAAACAAAGGUAAGGGGGCAGGGCCCAGUACCUUAUCCUAGGGCCACCGUGAACCCUCCAUUCCUUUUCUUCCACCACUGGACACUAAUUUGUCCUCAGGGCUCAGACUCUGGCCCUGUAGUAGCCCUGCUCCCAGCCCCCACUCCCUUCUGGGUCACUGAGGGAAAAUAGCCUUCUAUAGAGCAGGAACGCCAACGUGGAGGGAGGAUACGAUGCUGUUCUCUUUCUUAAGUGGAAGGAGGAUGUGGCAAAAGGAGCUACUUUGGUUUGGGUUUUUUUUUUUUUUUCCUUUUUUUUUUGGAAGGAGGGAGUCCUACUAUGGCUGUUACAGGCAGGAUCGACAAGAGCUCCUACUUAGGAAUUAGACCAACAGAGCUCACAACUCUGCUCCAAGAUUUGCACUCAAUAAUAAUAAUAAUAAUCAUCAUCAUCAUCACUUAGUAAUAAGUGGUUAUGCUCCCUGACCUUGAGUAAAUUACUUAACCUCUCUAUGACUCUGCCUCCAUUUCCUUACUUGUCAAGUGGGAACAAGAGUUCCUUCCUUAGGAGGUUGCUAUGUGGCUCCUCCCACGCAGUGUCCUUUUGGCCCAGGGCCCACCCUCUUCAGAGACUCCAGUGAGCAAUGAGCCCGUCAUACCCUCAUUCCUGGUCUUGCCAGGCAGCACCCAGAGUCCAGCCCCCGUCUGUCUUCUGUCACACACACCUGGGAGGUUUCCAUCCUUCCUGGUAGCUCACCCACCGGUCACCCUUCCCCUACCUGGGCCCUCCUCUUCUAAGCUGGCUCUCCCUUGUGGACUUUGAUUUUCUGAGGACCCCCAAGGGAUGCUGCUUGACCCCCACAAAGAAGAGGGGCAGCUCCUCCCGGGACAAGGACCGCAGUGUGACAGUCAGCAGUUCAGUACCCAUGCCUAUUGGAGGGAAGGGAAGCCGGACCAACUGCUCCCCAUCUGUACCCCAGAAGGUCCCCAACCGCCUGAUCAAUGAGAAGUCACCGUACCUCCUGCAACAUGCCUACAACCCUGUGGACUGGUACCCCUGGGGACAGGAAGCUUUUGACAAGGCCAGGAAAGAAAACAAGCCAAUUUUCCUUUCAGUGGGAUACUCCACCUGUCACUGGUGCCACAUGAUGGAGGAGGAAUCCUUCCAGAAUGAGGAGAUUGGCCGCCUGCUCAAUGAGGACUUUGUCAGCGUGAAGGUAGACCGAGAGGAGAGGCCAGAUGUGGACAAGGUGUACAUGACCUUCGUGCAAGCCACCAGCAGUGGUGGGGGCUGGCCGAUGAAUGUGUGGUUGACUCCCAACCUCCAGCCCUUUGUGGGGGGCACCUACUUUCCCCCCGAGGAUGGCUUGACCCGAGUUGGCUUCCGCACAGUGUUGCUGAGGAUACGGGAGCAGUGGAAGCAGAACAAGAACACCCUGCUGGAGAACAGCCAGCAUGUCACCACAGCCCUCCUGGCCCGCUCAGAGAUCAGCAUGGGUGACCGGCAGGUGCCACCAUCCGCCGCCACCAUGAACAGCCGCUGCUUCCAACAGCUGGAUGAGGGCUAUGAUGAGGAGUAUGGUGGCUUUGCUGAGGCCCCCAAGUUCCCCACGCCGGUGAUCCUGAACUUCCUGUUCUCCUACUGGCUCAGCCAUCGACUAACCCAAGAUGGCUCUCGGGCCCAACAGAUGGCCUUGCACACCCUGAAAAUGAUGGCUAACGGGGGCAUCCGAGACCAUGUGGGACAGGGCUUCCAUCGCUACUCCACGGACCGCCAGUGGCAUAUCCCCCACUUUGAGAAGAUGCUGUAUGACCAGGCACAGCUUGCAGUGGCCUAUUCACAAGCCUUCCAGAUCUCUGGUGACGAGUUCUACUCCGAUGUUGCCAAAGGCAUCCUGCAGUACGUGGCUCGGAACCUGAGUCAUCGGUCUGGAGGCUUCUACAGCGCUGAGGACGCAGACUCACCCCCAGAGCGGGGCAUGCGGCCCAGAGAGGGGGCCUUCUAUGUGUGGACGGUCAAGGAGGUCCAGCACCUCCUUCCUGAGCCUGUGCUGGGUGCCACCGAGCCCCUGACCUCGGGCCAGCUCCUCAUGAAGCACUACGGGCUCACAGAGGCUGGCAACAUCAGCCCCAGCCAGGACCCCAAGGGGGAGCUGCAGGGCCAGAAUGUGCUGACCGUCCGCUAUUCGCUGGAACUGACCGCUGCCCGCUUUGGCCUGGAUGUAGAUGCCGUCCGGACCUUGCUCAAUACGGGGUUGGAGAAGCUCUUUCAGGCCCGGAAACAUCGGCCAAAGCCACACCUGGACAGCAAGAUGCUGGCCGCCUGGAACGGACUGAUGGUGUCUGGCUAUGCUGUGACUGGGGCUGUCCUGGGCCAGGAGAGGCUGAUCAACUAUGCCAUCAAUGGUGCCAAGUUCCUGAAGCGGCAUAUGUUUGAUGUGGCCAGUGGGCGCCUGAUGCGGACGUGCUAUGCAGGCCCUGGGGGAACUGUGGAGCACAGCAACCCACCCUGCUGGGGCUUUCUGGAGGACUAUGCCUUUGUAGUGCGGGGCCUACUGGACCUGUACGAGGCUUCGCAGGAGAGCUCAUGGCUCGAGUGGGCUCUUCGGCUGCAGGACACGCAGGACAGGCUUUUCUGGGACUCCCAAGGCGGUGGCUACUUCUGCAGUGAGGCUGAGCUAGGGGCUGGCCUGCCCCUGCAUCUGAAGGACGACCAGGAUGGCGCAGAGCCCAGUGCCAACUCUGUGUCGGCCCACAACCUGCUUCGGAUGCAUGGCUUUACGGGUCACAAAGACUGGAUGGACAAGUGUGUGUGUCUCUUGACUGCCUUCUCCGAGCGCAUGCGCCGUGUCCCUGUGGCAUUGCCAGAGAUGGUCCGCGCCCUCUCAGCCCACCAGCAGACCCUCAAGCAGAUCGUGAUCUGUGGAGAUCCCCAGGCCAAGGAUACCAAAGCUCUGCUGCAGUGUGUCCACUCCAUCUACAUCCCUAACAAGGUGCUGAUCCUGGCCAACGGGGACCCCUCCAGUUUCCUGUCCCGCCAGCUGCCUUUCCUGAGUACCUUGCGGCGGCUGGAAGACCGGGCCACGGCCUACGUGUGUGAGGACCAAGCUUGCUCAAUGCCCAUCACGGAGCCCUGCGAGUUACGGAAACUGUUACACCAAUGACUUCCUCGACCGUGUCAGGCAGGGGCAGGAGGCCGAGCUUCCCAGCUGGCCAGACUCAGGCCCGGUAGGGCCCUGUGCAUGCUGUGGCCAUCCCUGGGCGCCCUGUCACCAGACGCCCUCGGCCAUCCUCACCAUCCCCCCCAGGGGCACCCACUCACCCUGGAAUAAACCUAA